UGAAUACAAACAAUAAUGAGGGCUUUUGUUGUGGUAGCCAUAUCAAUAUGGUUGAUCGUCCUUGAACCAACAUUUGCAGCAUCAGAUCUAAGUUUCGAUGCAACAAGUCCUACAACGAAUACCUACUCGAAGCUAUUAAGCGACUUGCGUGAAUGGUUGGCAGAUCCAACACUCCGUUACGGCAACACCAAUGUACCAGUAAUGGCAGCAACUUUCAAAAAAAGAAAGUACCUUAAGGGAUCAGAGGGAGGAACGAUCACAAUUGGAAAGUGUCUAAAGUCGAAGACAUACCUAAUAAGCAACAAAAUGUUGUUGUUGUUGAUGAUGAUGUUGUGGAUGUAUUGUGGUGAUGGUACUAAUUAUUUGUCAAAGGUCAACAAGGGAAGUAUGAAAUUGUUGGCAGCACCAAUUUCGGUUAUAUGGUGGUGCAUGAUGAUGAUGGCUGUUGUUCCACCAUUAGCAACAGCACAAGACGGAGAAACCCUAGCCUACAGCACGGUAACAUUUGAGCUAACAAAUGGUGUUACGGGCUACCAAAGUUUUCUAACAAGAUUGCGCAAUCAAGUAGAAUCCCCAACUAGGGCUUGCACCUUACAAUCAACUCGAAACCCCCCUUUAACAGGAGCCGAAUAUGUUUUAGUAGACCUCAAAAUUAGUAACACGCAAUGGGUGACCUUAGGAAUAGAUGCCAAAGACUUAUAUGUAUGGGCUUAUCAAGACAACGUAAAAUACAAUGGAAAAUACCGAGCCACUUUCCUGAAUGACGCUCCUCAGGCUGCUAAGGACCGCCUUUUCCCAGGAUCAACGCAAAGAACCACUAGAUUCGGAGGUAACUAUAACAGCCUAGAGCCGGCUGCAGGUACAACUCGAAAGAACCUUGUACUAGGAAUACAGAACCUAGACGGAGCCAUUAGAAAAGUGUACAAUAAACAAGAGAGUGAACUAAACAAGGGCACGGAUGAGGCUCGGUUUUUUCUUAUCGCAAUUCAAAUGGUUCCAGAGGCAGCACGAUUCAGAUUUAUGGAGCAAGCCAUAGUUAGGGGGGAUAAUUCCGAUUCCUUCAAAAAGAAAAUGGUAGCUUUUCAGAACGAUUGGGAUCCGAUUUCUCAAGCUAUUCACAAAGCAGAAGCAGCAACACCUAAAUGUGUUACUAUUACACCAACUCUUAUAAUUAGUAACAUUGAUUACCGGCAGGAGGUGAAUAGAGUGGACGAAAUAAAAAACGACAUGGGCCUCCUCAAGUACAAGUCUAGCACCCUUAGUAUUAUCGGAAGCUCGAUUUUGGACGAUGAUAUAUAGUCAGAGUCUUGCAAUCUGCACUACUUCUGGUCUGUAACAAUAAAAUGGCUGUAUUCCUUAGCUUAUAAUACUUCAGAAUAAUAAUACUCUGAUCUUGUACAGUUGUACGUAAGGCUUGAUUAGCCGGCUUCAGAGACAGUUAAGGAUGUAUCAUAUCUCUACUACUUUUAAUGUAUGUACUAUUCCAUUAUUCCGUAGCUUCUUACGGAGUAUAUGAAUAAAGGGAAAUUACCCUAUUUCUCAUAGUGAGAAACAAAAUUUGAUUA